UCAUCAGUAGGCGGCAGGGUAACUCCUCCUUCCAGGGAGGAAAGAGGAAGCAGGCAUUUGCUCAGGGCAAAGAAACGCUUUAUGGAUUAGUUUAGUAAACAUCGAGUUUAAUAUUGAAGGAUAGAGCUGGCAUCCUUUGUAAGACCAUUUAUCUGACUCUGAUAUGAAAAAGCCCAUCUUCAACUUAAUUUACUAAUCCUCAAGCGGUGACGCCUGAAUUCUGCGUCUUGACUCUUUCCAUGUAGAACAACUUUGUUGCCAGUCCAGGUGUUUCUUGUUGAACACGUUGUUUGAGAAGAACAUUUUGCUCACGAAUAAGAAUUUCAUUACGCUUGGGUGCGGCAGUGUUGUAUAAUCGUAGUUAAAGUGAUCUUUUUAAAAAUGGGUCGGUGUUUAUAUUUUACCACACUUAUAUUUUCAGUUUCAUAUCAGUUGAUACCAUUGUGUCACUCUUUCAAAUGGGACGAACAGUCUAGUCCCCUGCAAAAUGUGCGGUCCAUCAUUACAAGUUUGUCCGAGGAAGCCCACAGUUGUCUGGUCUCUACAGUCGGCGAAAAGAGAGUCAACCUGUGUCUCAAGUUUCUACAAAGCGGGGUGAAGUGGCUGUCAGAUGCAGUGGCAUCAGUCCUCAACACGGUCAUCAAGUAUGUUGCAGAAAUCUUGGAAUCAGCAGGAAUUGAUGCCCAGCUACCUUUCCAAAAAGUUACUCCGGAGGGAGUGAUUUUUGUCACUCAGUGGGCCCUUCUGGCUGUUAUGGCCUACUGGAUAUUAUCCUUCGUUCUGCGCUUAGUUGUCGGUGCUGUGAGGCAGGCUCUGUGGCUGCUGAAGAUCACCUUUGCCGUUGGCAUGUUUGGAUUGAUUCUCAGUGACACUGGAGCUUCUGCACAAACCACAGCAAUGAGAUUAGCGGGCCUGGUGUGUGUUUGUGUCCUGUUAGGAAUAGGUGCAACAUCUGCAAAGCCAGAUGCAGACCUCGAAAACAAAAUCGAGAUGCUGGAGAGACGACUCAGAGAGAUGGAGAAAAGCAAAAUUGAAUGAUAUGGAAACCCUCACCAGACCAGAUAUAGUUUAAUUUCCGUUGCUCUUUGCCACAGAUGUAAAUCCAAGGAUAGAAUUCAGAAUGUUAUUGUGACUUGAAACCCUGCAAUACAACCACAGAUGCAUUUUGUUUGUCUAAACUUGGAGGGUGCUUCAAAAUUCCAAGAUUAAGUUAAAAGAUUAUUGAUUCUCAAGUAAACUUGUCUUAGGGUCCCACUGCACAACUGGAUCUGGCAUUUAAGGGCUUUCAUUACUAACAAAACACUGAAUAAAAUGUUCAAACAGUGAAAAAAUCAA